AUGUUUUUACAACUUCGAAAGUUAUUUUCCUCUAAAAAUGACAGUUUCCCGACAUUACUGGAAAUAUUCAAGCCUAUUUACGUGGUGUGCCGCGUAGUAGGACUCUUCCCGUAUAAUGUUAAAUUCAAAACAAAACACUGCACUAUUGUUCACCGCUCGAUCUACCCAAACAGUUUGCGUGCCAUUACUGCACUGCUACUCUUGUUUGUGCAUAACGUUAUACAAGUCCGCGAUAUUGCCCUAAUAAUGAACGAAAAAGACAGUGCAAUAGUGACUCAGAUUAAUUACAUAGUAGAAAUGGUACUCCUCGUAGCAGCUUGUAUUACUGCAUACUGCAGUGUUUACAUGUAUCGCUACAAAAUUGUUGAUAUCCUCAAUUCAUUGGCGUCUGCUUGGGUUGAACAUCCGACUACAAAAAAUAGCAUCCUAAAGGACCUUAGAGCUCACGUCAGAUUAUCCCUAUGGUGCCUCUUUAUGCUACUGAUGUUGCAGCUAUCUGUGAACUUUUCACGGAAAGACGGCGUUUGGGUGAUGUAUAAAGUUAUCAUGAUCUUCAUUUAUCCUCAAAUGUUACAGUUUCUAGUGAUAGUAAUGUACUACGUUUUAGUGCUCAUGGUGGUAGCUUUACUGAGUAACCUGAAUGCCGUUCUUGAGACUUUGGGGAGUAGGAGAAUUUUCGUUGGUGGAUUUAGAAGUUCAGAAACAAAGCUCACUGUACUGGAUCUGGCCACAAUCGAGACGCUGUUUGUGAAGGUUGUUGAAAUAAAACGAAAUAUUAAUGAAUCAUUCCAAGCGACGAUUCUGAUUACCUCGAUGCAAUCCUUCCAUGCUAUCGUCAGCGAAGCCCACAUCAUAUACCAUGGUACACUAGUAUCGAGAACUCUUAACACACACGAAAUCAUCAACUUUUCUUUAUGGAUUGUGUUCCAGUGGAUUAAAAUUUAUGCGUUAGCUCACUCUGGAGACCGUCUGAAAGUUGAGACCCUCAAAAUAGGCCAGACUCUUCACAGUAUUCCCAUGGAAAAACAUGAUAUGAGAUCGCUGUUAGAGACACAGCACUUUAAUUCGUUGAUGACUUACCAAUCUACUGAUAUAACGGUCUACGGAUAUUUUCCACUCGACGCCAGUUUAAUGUUCCAGAUAGUUGCUUCUACUGCAAUGUACUUAAUUAUUUUGGUCCAGUUCGAUAAGAAAUCGUAA